AAACUGGAAGCCACACACACAGAAGUAGGUUUUGUUGAGUUUAGAUUUGAGUUUUAGGUUUUCCCAAAUUUAGCGGCGGCGGCAAAGGAAAGAUGCAGAUCUUUGUGAAAACAUUGACUGGAAAGACAAUCACACUGGAAGUUGAAUCGAGUGACACAAUCGAUAAUGUUAAGGCCAAAAUUCAGGAUAAGGAAGGUAUUCCACCUGACCAACAACGUUUGAUAUUUGCUGGAAAACAACUUGAGGAUGGUAGGACUCUUGCUGAUUACAACAUCCAGAAAGAGUCUACGCUUCAUUUGGUGUUGAGGUUACGUGGAGGGAUUAUUGAGCCAUCUUUAAUGGCUUUAGCCAGGAAAUACAAUCAAGAUAAAACCAUUUGCCGCAAGUGUUAUGCCCGUCUACAUCCGCGUGCUGUCAACUGCAGGAAGAAAAAGUGUGGGCACAGCAACCAGUUGAGGCCAAAGAAGAAGAUCAAGUAGAUGAUGUUACAGCAUCUGCGAUUCGAGGAAAUUCUAAUUUGUAAGCCCAGUGUGCUAUUUUCUGUACCAUUUGAAUGUUUUGUUGUAUGCAUUGAACACCGAAUUUUCCUGCCAGCGCCUGAUUGUUGUAACCUCUUGUAAUGUCACUUGAUGAAUAUCUAUUUGUUGUAUGUGCACUUGUUAUAUUCCCAAA